AUGAAGACAUCAACUCCACCAAUAAGACCAAGUGUUUUAUUAGCAACAGCUUUGGUGAAUGUCAAAGAUAACCUUGAUAAUUUGAUCCAAGUGCGAGCCUUAUUGGAUCAAGGUUCUGAGAUCUCCAUAUGCUCAGAAGACUUGGUAACUCAAUUAAAUUUAAAACGUUACAACUCAAAUACACCAAUCAUUGGGAUUGGCGCAGGUCAAUCACAACAAUCACGUGGAUGUGUAUUUUUAACAAUAAAAUCACGCUACAAUAAUUACACAUGCUCAGUAUAUGCCUACAUACUACCAAAGUUGACUGGUUUAUUACCAUCAAUUAACAUACAAAUUCAAGAUGAAAAUAAACUCCAAGGCAUCAAUCUGGCAGAUCCAGCGUAUUAUCAGCAAGCAAAAGUAGACGUACUAUUGGGUGCUGAUGUAUAUGGUUCUCUGUUACAAGAUGGUGUUGUACAACAAAUUGGUAAUAAUAACCAUUUGACAGCUCAACAAACACAACUUGGUUGGAUCCUUUCAGGACGAACUGAUCCAAGCUGCUCACCAACUUAUCAACCAACUCGCCAUUGUUUCACGAUGUCAAGUGACAAUGAAUUAUUUCAACUCACUGUAACAUAUGGCUUGAAAUCAGCUCCAUUUUUAGCAUUGGCAACUCUUCGACAGCUCGAAAAGGAUGAAGGUAUAAAUUAUCCUUUAACCAGCUCAGUGAUAUCACAAGAAUCAUACGUUGAUGAUAUUUUUUCUGGUGCCAAUACACCAUUAGAGUGUAUGGAAAAAAUUGAACAGUUACGUGCACUGUUCAAGGCCGGAGGAUUUCCAUUAAAAAAGUGGUUAUCAAAUAAUGAUACUAUUCUCAAUGUAGUACCACCUGAGGAUAGAGAGCAAUCGUCAACAUUGAAUAUACAAGAUGUUGAAGUAUUCAAACAACUCGGUGUACAAUGGCAUCGUAAAGAUGAUACAUUUACAUUCAGCUCACCAUCAGUCUCGAAUAAUACACGUCUCAAUGCAACAAAGCGAGAAGUGUUGUCAAAAGUUGCACAACUGUUUGAUCCAUUAGGUUGGAUCACGCCAGUCAUUGUUACUGGAAAAAUAUUCCUUCAAAAAUUAUGGAAUAAACGUGUUGACUGGGAUGAGCAGCUUGACAAUGAAUUACAACUCGAAUGGCAGACAUACUGCAAACACUUACAAGACGUUAAUUGUCUAAAAAUACCAAGAUGGUUACACACAGCUCCAGAUAACUUAUCAGUAGAAAUUCAUGGUUUCUCUGAUGCCUCCAAUGUCGCUCUUGGUGCAGCUGUUUAUUUAAGAGUUAAACAACAUAACAACAUAAUAAUGUCAACACUCGUGUUAGCCAAAUCCAAGGUAGCACCAUUACAACACCAAAACAACUCAAAGAACAAAAAGAUUCGAAUUACAACUCCACGUCUUGAAUUAUCUGCAGCUGUCUUAUUGGUACAGAGUAUAAAACAAAUCCAGCUCAGUCUUCAACUCAAUAAUAUACCAGUACACCUGUGGACAGAUUCAACAAUUGUUUAUUAUUGGAUACAAAAUGAUCCUGAUAAAUUUAAACAAUUUGUCAGCAAUCGACUCAAAUUAAUCAAGAACUCAUUCAACUCUGAAACAACUCCUGUUAAAUGGCAUCAUGUACCUGGUCAUGAUAACCCAGCAGAUCUGGCAUCAAGAGGUUUGCAGCCAAAACAAUUAUCAACCAAUUUAUUAUGGUGGCAUGGUCCACAGUGGCUUUGUCAAGAACAAGACAUGUGGCCUACACUACAAGCAACUCACUGUGAUAAAACAAUCGACAUCGAAAUUAAACCUGUGCUAACAGCAUCAGUCACGACUCAGCAAGAUACAGACAACAUCCUUGAACAACUCCUUGUAAAACACUCAUCAUUAAGUAAAAUGGUGAGAGUAUGUGCUUGGUGUCUUAAGUUUUUACAUAAGACAAAAAUGACUUCAUCAACUCCAAAAGAAUUGGUAAUUACAACAGAAGAAUAUGAUACGACGUUAUUAUAUUUUAUCAAACAUACACAACAUCAAUAUUUCUCACAUGAAAUAUCAGCAUUAAAAAAUCAUGAACAAUUACCAAAGUCAAGCUCAUUGAUACGAUUGACACCAUAUUUAGAUAAAGAAGGUGUAUUAAGAGUUGGCAGCAGGUUAAAUAAUGCAAAUUUAACACAGUCAGCUACUCAUCCAAUUAUAUUGCCAAUUAAGUCAAAACUGACAACAUUAAUAUUGGAAUCAACUUAUAAAUCCACGUUACAUGGAUCACCACAACUCAUGUUAGCAACAGCUCGACAAAAGUAUUGGAUUAUUGGUGGAAGAAUUCCAUUCCAAUCAGUUUAUUGGAAGUGUGUUAUUUGUACACGUCAACGUGCAUUGGUCAGUCAACAACUCAUGGGACAACUCCCUCCAGCUCGAUGUAAUCCGAAUCCAGCACUCAUUAAUACUGGUGUGGAUUUUGCUGGGCCAUUUAUAUUAAAAAAAUGGCUUGGCAGAUGUAAACAAACAUAUAAAGCAUAUAUUGCUGUGUUUGUGUGCUUUGCAACAUCAGCCACUCACUUGGAAGUAGUCAAUGGAUUGUCUACUGAAGAGUUCAUAGCAGCAUAUAGACGUUUUACAUCACUUCGAGGAGUAUGUAAAAACUUGUAUAGUGAUUGUGGUACCAACUUUGUUGGUGCAAUAAAAGAGCUUCAAUCCUUUAAAAGUCAAGCAAACUACAUGUGUGACUUUGCUCAUCAGCUCAGCCUUGAAGGCACAAAUUGGCACUUAAAUCCUCCUGGAGCACCACAUCAAGGUGGAAAAUGGGAAGCUGGUGUUAAAUUAAUGAAACAUCAUUUAUCAAGAAUUAUGGGAGCAACUCUAUAUACGUAUCAUCAACUUGAUACACUAGUUAAACAAAUAUCAGCUCAACUCAAUUCAAGACCUCUUUGUCCAAUGACAAAUGAUCCAAAUGAUCUAGAAGCAUUAACGCCUGGACAUUUCUUGAUAGGUAGAGCAAUGACUGCUAUACCUGAGGGUCAAUUAAUUGAUAUUAAUGAUGAAUUGUUCAAUAUGAACGCAGAACGUUGUGAAGAGACGAAAAAAUUGUCAUUAUCAUCACAAAUCCCUGAUGAAUCUAAAAUGGAUAAUGAUCCCAACAAAUUGAAUGUUGAUCAAAAUAAUGAAAACGAAAAUAGUAUGCUUGAAAAAAAAAGAACCAAUCUAAGUCCAUCAGUCGUCAAGACUCAAGUUUGCCAUCCUGAUUCAACUGAUUAA